UAUGGAAGUACUGUGUCAGAUAAAAACAGAAAGGUGACGUGAGAGUUUCGUAGUCACCUCCAAGCUCGCUACGAAUGAAAUGAAGAGGAUUAGCAGUUAUUUUUUUUUUAUUCUGGUAGCAAUUUGUUUGCAGGGGACAAUUGCGUACUACCCAGGAUGUAUUUACCACUUCAGUGGACUCUUAGAAUUUCCAAAUGACUGUUCCAAGUUCAUUCAGUGCCAUAACGGAAGGACAUUCAUCAUAAACUGUGGCCCAGGAACCGCAUUCAAUCCUCACCUACGAGUCUGUGAUUGGCCAUACAAUGUGCCUGAAUGUGAUGAAAAAAUUUAUAAAACUCCACACUGGAAUGAUAAUGAAAAAUCGUGGUGGCUUGAACCGACAAACACACCACAACCACCAGAGCAGCCUCCGCCUAAACAGCCGGAUCAUCCCCAGGAACCUGUGCCAGAAUAUCCUGAAGAACCGGUACCCGAAACCCCGGUGAAACAUAAGCCGGAACCACCUAAGCACCCUAAAGAACCCAAACCACCGGAGCCACCAGAAAAAUCCAAACCUAAACCUAAAUAUCCAAAACAUCCUGAAGAGCCAACUACUGAGCCACAAUACCCUGACCACCCUGAACUUCCUGUCAAGCAUAAACCCAUACCCCCUAGCCACCCCAAAGAGCCACAACCUGAAAAUCCCCAUGAACCUGAUGAGCCUGAACCUCCUGUUAAACAAAAACCAAAAUCCCCAAACUACCCGAAGGACCCACAACCAGAACCGGAACAACCACAAAAUCAUCAUCCUCAGCCCGAAUUGCCCGAACCAAAACCACAAUCCGAGAAUGAAUCCGAAAACAAGCCCGAAAAACACCAACUGGAGCAAGAUGAACACUUGGAAUUUGAAGUCGAGGAUUCUGGACAUAUCCCUGUAGAGCUUACGUACAACCGCAUACAGUCGAUAAAACCAAAAAUUGACGUUACUAUCUUUGGCUAUUAAUUGAAACUACAUACACCAGU